AUGUCAUUGGACACGAUGCAGAUUCUUCGGCGACCACCAGCAUGGAGCAGGUCCGCGCAAUGCAUCGGUAUCGUCUCCUCCGGAUGGUACAUGGAUCGUCAUCGUCAUCUCUCUCUGGUGCCUCGAAAGGAUGAGGCGGCUCGACGACGGCCAUGCUCAACGACCGCCUCCGUUUAGGGUGCUCGCGGCACCCGACGGCAAUUAUCUGUCACCGAACGCGAUCUCGCCGCCGCCGCCGCCGCGUGCACCCGAGCCCUACAAGCUCGCGCCAUCCGCCGCGUCCUCCUCGAGGGCGCAUCGCCGAUCCAGCUUCGUCAUCAUCGCGGACUCGAGGCCCGUUUCCCCGGAGGCGAGGAGCCCGUCGCCGACGCUCGCCGCUGGAAGGAUCUCGCCGUUUCGAGGACGCGGCUUCAAGGCACCGCCACCGCGAGCCAAGUCCAGGCCACAGUCUCCGGAACACGUGGACGCUCGUAAAAGAGGAAGAAACGAACGACGAGUGUCGGUGUCGCAGCAGAACAGUCCGAGGAAAAGCUUGAUCCCGCAGCCGACGCGUCAACGCUCGACGUCACUGACCAAAUCGACGGAGCGUCUUUCCUCGCCGAGGCUCGGUCAUCGCGCGGACUCGCGGUCUCGUUUGCACACGACGGAUUCCAGGAAUCGUUUGAACGCCUCCGGGAACAGCAGCAGCGCGACGAACCUCGCCGCUCGUCGACAGGCCUCGAGAACGCCCAGCAAGCUCUCGCCGAUUCAGGGAACACCGACCAAGCCGGAGCGAACGUCGCAGUUCGCGAAGAGGGAUCGUUCGAAGGAAACGGCGAAGCAACAGAAAUCCGCCGCGUCUCCGUCGAAGAACACCUGGACCUCGAAGAAGCAGAGCCAGGAGAGAGCCACCGCCGCGGGGAAAACGCAGAGCAAGGAACGCGUAACCUCACCGUCAAAGAUCCCGCUGAAAACGAACAGAGUCAGCUCGAACGCUUUGAAUCCAGCCAGGUUCAUCAACAUCUCCAACAACCAAGCCAGCGGGAGAAGUAAAAAAACCGGGGAUAAAGGGUCGAAGGAGACACGCGCGAGCUCGAACGAACAGACGAUCGAGUCAAGCCAAGGUAGCAAGCAGUCUGACUCGGGAACGUCGAAAGGUUCUCAAGUCAGCGACAAGGGUUCGAACACCGAGAGGAGUUCGGCAGCCGAUCUGCAUCUCAUCGAUCUCUUGAAGCAAACUUCCGCUGCCACGGGGACGUCCAGCGUGGUGAAUACGACAGCGACGACGGCUGUUCAGCCGCUUCACAUCGACGCCAACGCGUCGGUUCUUCUGGACGCAGAGGUGUCCGACAGGCGGGGUCAGCUCGAGAAGACGAAGAGCCAGCAAGAUCUUUCGAACUCGAAAUCCUCCAAUGCGCCGAGCGACGACACGGCUGCUAAGCAAGCGCAAAGUUUUCAAAUGGUCCGCAACGAGGAUCAUCGUCAGGCGAACCCUCUGAUCUCCAAGUCUAGUAAACCGAUCUCGAACGGCGGACGAACGAAGGUCGGUGGGACGGAGAGCAGAAACGAUUCUCCGGUCCCUAGCGAGAACGUCAGCAGUCACUCGAAGAGUAACAGCAUCAGUCAGUCGAUAAAAAGCGUAGGCAAGGUGAGUAACACUGCGAAUAAUACCGGCUCAGCGACGCAACGUUCCAACAGGAUCGUCCAGAAUGCGAUCAACGAUCAGAACGCGAAAAACUGCCGGCCCAACGGUCAGAAAAUCGAGGAAACUGGCUCCGUUCAACCGGCGUCGACGAACGUCCAGUCGAGUUCGACGAAAACGAACGAGGGAUCACUGGAACCGGCGAGUGAUCCCACGCGAAAUCCAUCGAGCACGGAUGCUCAAAGGACAGCUGUUUCCGUUGCGAGUGCGUCUGUGAAACAGGAAGAUCCCGCGAGAACGAUCCGGAGGUCGACGAAUAAUCCCGAAACGACGAAGGUCGUCGCGAACUCGACCGUUCCCGUGAAAAGCACUUCCGAUCAAUCGACGAUAGCUUCCUCGAGGGCGAGCAACAACGUGUCCAACGUGGCUGGUGCGGUGAGCAACGACUCGAGGAACGCGAACAGCGCCGGGGAAAACGCGAAAGCUCGUACUGACAAUCACGGGAGUGGUACGUCUGUAAAAUCGUCGGCGAGAGUGUCGGUCGAUUCGAUCGAGAGCGUCCGAUCCACGGACACCGGCGUGAGCGUGGACACGGUGAAAGGGGUGUCCUCGCCGAGGGAGAAGACCGGGAUGCACGUGGUGAAACGGCCGCAGGAGAUCGAGACGUUGAGUGGGAACGUGAUGUAUCUGGAGCAAAACGGCGAGCCGGCGCUACGCGACACGAAAGCGGCGCAUCAUUCUCAAUUAAAACGAAUCGCGUUUCGUGAUGAGUCGCGUAACGAAAAGAAUCGCUGGGCGGCUUCCGGCGGCGAGAAUUAUGAGUUACCUUAA